CCCCUUUUCGUCCCAACAGUGCAUUACAACUAUUUUGGUAUCGCAAACCUUUGCUCUGGUUUCGCAAUCGACGAAGAAUUCUAGUGCGUCGCGUCCCAUAGACUCUUAUAACGUAUCCUCCUUUCACGCUCCCCCCGUAUGAUAUCCUCUAGUAUUCGUCUCGUGACUCGCCAGGGAGGAGCAGCCCGUGGAGCCGUCACUGGACCUCCCCGGCUCUUGGCGUGUCGCAUGAUUCCCAUGGCAUCCCAGUCGACGACAGCCGAACAAGUCGAAGACGAACCGGCGAUAAAGUACGCCUUGAAUCCCCAAGGCGAGGUCGUCAAGGAUGCGGAACUGAUUGACUUUCCAGGAAGCAGCCCGGGCCAGAAACCCAUUCUCCUCAACGCCAAGGAACACGUGGUAGGAUACCUGAGCAAGAUUUUGAACGCACGGGUGUACGAUGUGGCUAUUGAAUCCGAACUACAACACGCCAAGAAUCUCAGCGCGCAUUUGAAAAAUACCGUUCUACUCAAACGUGAAGAUACGCAACCGGUAUUUUCGUUCAAAAUUCGUGGCGCCUACAACAAAAUGUCGCACUUGAGUCGAGACUUGUUGGACAAGGGCGUGGUGUGUUGUUCCGCCGGCAACCACGCCCAAGGUGUCGCGCUGUCGGCGAAAAUGUUGGGUUGUCGGGCCGUCAUUGUCAUGCCGCUGGCGACACCAGCGAUCAAAGUCAACGCGGUCCGGAUACACGGCGGGCCCAGUGUCGAAGUACGGCUUUUUGGUAACAAUUACGACGAAGCCGCCACGGAAGCCAAGCGGCUGCAGCUCGAAGACGGCAUGACCUUUGUGCAUCCGUUCGACGAUCCACUAGUUAUUGCUGGACAAGGCACGAUCGGUAUGGAAAUUCUGAAAGAAUGCGUCUCUCGACCAUUGGAUGCAAUCUUUGUUUGCUGUGGCGGUGGUGGUAUGCUGGCCGGCAUUGCGGCCUACGUGAAACGUGUCCGACCAACGGUCAAGGUGAUUGGCGUCGAAGCCGCCGACGCGGCUGGCAUGACGGCGUCGCUGCGGGAAGGCAAACUGGUGACGUUGGACUCCGUCGGUCUCUUUGCUGACGGCGCGGCGGUCCGGCGUGUCGGUGACGAAACCUUUCGUGUUUGUAAAACACUGGUCGACGACAUGAUCACAGUUGACACGGACGAAAUAUGCAACGCCAUUAAAUUAACGUACAACGAUGCUCGCGUCGUUUUGGAGCCGGCGGGGGCCCUGGCGGUCGCUGGGAUGCGCAAAUACGUACACACCAACGAACUAUCCGGACAGACUCUAGUGGCUAUAACCUCCGGUGCCAACAUGGAUUUCGAUCGUUUGCGCUUUGUGGCGGAACGUGCCGAUGGAUCCGAGCGCACACUAGCCGUUACCAUCCCGGAGAAACCCGGCUCGUUCCGCCAGCUUUAUAGUCUUAUUUGGCCACGCAAUGUAACGGAAUUCUCCUACCGUUUUGAGACGGACGGGGAUGCACACGUACUGAUUUCGUUCCAGCCCGUAAUGAAUAUUGAAAACGACUUUGAAGGUAUUAUGCACGAACUCGGCGAGAACGGAUUUGACUGCUUGGAUUUGAGUCACAACGAACUUGCCAAAGUGCACGUUCGACACUUAGCCGGCGGUCGGUCAAUUGUUAACAAUGAACGAGUCUUUCGGUUUGACUUUCCAGAGUCCCCCGGGGCACUUCAACGCUUCCUGUUGAGUUUGGACAUGGGAUGGAACGUCAGCCUUUUCCAUUACCGAAACCACGGCGACGAUUUUGGACGAGUUUUGGUUGGCAUUCAAGUCACCGAGUCAGACGACAAGAAACUGAAGUCAUUCCUUGGCAAUCUCGGAUAUCGAUACGAAGAAGAAACGAACAACCCUGUCUACCGGGCUUUCUUGUGUCAAACUAAUGGAAAGGGUUUGAACGAUUUGUCAAACAACAGCAGCAAAUAG